AGGAAGGGAAAAGUCAGGAAGAGGAGGGAUCUUUGUCCUGUGACAUCAAACUGGAUGAUGCUCUGGAUCGCACCUUAGAGGAUGGAGCCAAACAACACAACCUGACAGUUGUCAACGUGAGAAACAUCUUGCAUGAAGUGAUCACAAAUGAGCACGUGGUUGCCAUGAUGAAAGCUGCCAUCAGUGAGACAGAAGAUAUCCCUUUGUUUGAGCCCAAAAUGACUCGUUCCAAACUGAAGGAAGUUGUGGAGAAAGGAGUGGUGAUUCCAACUUGGAAUAUUUCCCCAAUUAAGAAGGCAAAUGAGGUGAAGCCACCUCAGUUUGUGGACAUUCCUCUUGAAGAAGAUGAUUCCUCUGAUGAAGAAUACCACCCUGAUGAUGAGGAUGAAGAUGAGACUGCAGAGGAGAGCUUGCUGGAAAGUGAUGUGGAGAGCACUGCUUCUUCCCCUCGGGGAGCAAAAAGAUGUAGGACAAGGAGAUCAUCUGAUGAAGAGGGAGGGACACUCUGUGAGAUGGAGAAGGCUGCUACACCUGUUGUGAGACACAUUAGUGCUGAAGUAGUGCCCAUGGGACCUCCACCACCUCCUAAACCAAAGCAAAACAAAGACAGCACAUUCAUGGAGAAGCUGCAUGCAGUGGAUGAAGAACUGGCUUCAAGCCCAGUGUGCAUGGAUUCUUACCAGCCUCUGGAAGACAGUCUCAUUGCCUUCAGGACCCGUUCCAAGAGGCCACUCAAGGAUGUUCCUCUGGGGCAGCUGGAGGCUGAGCUCAGAGCCCCAGAUAUCACCCCUGACAUGUAUGAUCCCAACACUGCAGAUGAUGAAGAGUGGAAGAGGUGGCUUGGGGGGCUGAUGAAUGAUGAUGUGGAGAAUGAAGAUGAAGCAGAUGAUGAUGAUGACCCUGAGUACAACUUCCUGGAAGAUCUGGAUGAACCAGAUACAGAAGACUUCAGGAAUGAUCGUGCUGUGAGAAUUACCAAAAAGGAAGUAAAUGAACUGAUGGAGGAGCUGUUUGAGACAUUUCAGGAUGAGAUGGGUUUCUCAAACAUGGAAGAUGAAGGGCCAGAAGAUGAGGAUAAUGUGACAGAAUCAAGGCCAAAUUUUAAUACCCCCCAGGCACUCAGGUUUGAAGAGCCUUUGGCCAAUUUACUGAAUGAACAACACAGGACAGUGAAGGAACAACUGGAGCAGUUAAGAAUGAAAAAGUCCUCAAUCAAACUACCACAAGAAACAGAAAAAUCAAAACCUCAAAAUGAGAAGCCUCUCCAGAGCCUUGUUCUGGACAGUAUGCAAAGAAAGAGGCUCCAGCAGCAAAUGCAGCAGCACGUUCAGCUUCUGACUCAAAUCCACCUUCUUGCAAGCUCCAACCCAGCUUUAAGCUCAGAGGCCAGUACCACCAGGAUGUUUUUGAGUGAGCUUGGGAACUUUGCUCGGAGCUCUUCCCUCCUUCGUCAGCCCUUCAACCCCAAAUUCCAAACCAUGUUCCAGCCCUGUAAUUUAAAGGGAGCUUUGCAGCUCAUUGAAGAUUUUCAUGCCCAAGUCCAAGUUGAUUGGAGCCCACGGAAAGCUGUGAAGAAGAGUGCCAGUGAAUUUCCAUGUUUGCCAAAACAAGUGGCAUGGAUUUUGGCAACCAGGAAAGUCUUCAUGUAUCCAGAGUUACUACCAAUAUGUUCUUUGAAAGCAAACCCUCCCCGGGACAAGAUUAUCUUCACCAAGGCAGAGGACAAUUUAUUAGCUUUAGGUUUGAAACAUUUUGAAGGGACAGAGUUUCCAAAGCCUUUAAUCAGCAAAUAUCUCUUGCCAACAAAAACUGCCCACCAGCUGACAGUGAGAAUCAAGAACCUCAAUAUGAAUCGAGCCCCUGAUAACAUCAUCAGAUACUACAAAAAGACAAAGCAGUUGCCUGUUCUGUUCAAGUGCUGUGAGGAAAUCCAACCUCAUGAGUGGAAGCCACCUGUGGAGAGAGAAGAGCAUCGCCUCCCAUUCUGGCUGAAGGCCAGCUUGCCCUCCAUUCAGGGGGAGCUGAAGCAAUUAGCAGAAGAUGCCAGGGAGAUGCCAGGUUCACCUGAUGCAGAAUCUGUCUUUUUGGCAACAGGAAAGGAAACUUCAGAUGCAGAAUCUGAUGACAAAUACCCCCUGCUCAUGCCAAAGGGAUUAGUACUGACCUUAAAGCCCCUCGCCAAUCGAUUCUCUAGGAGAGCCUGGAGGAGGCAGAGGUCUUCAGCUCUGAAACCUGUCCUCAUUCGACCAAGCCCUUGUCUCCAGCCCAGUUCCAACACAAUUAACAUGCAGAAAACUGUGAAGUUGUCCCAAUCAGAAGCUCCUCCCAGCAAGGUUAUGGUGCAGAUCCCUCGGCUCAUCCAACCCGCGGCAGUCGUGCAGACGGUUCCUGGGGUGCAGCCUCUGAAUGUCCCAGCAGUGGUAGGAAGUGGGGAUGGCUUGGAAUUUCCCAGUGUCCUCUCCACUUCACAUUCAGACACCAGACAAGCUUUCUCAGCUGCUUUACCACCAGCUCUGGUGUCCUCAAAUCCAGUCACAUUUCAGCCCAAACUGAUGUUGCCAGCUCUGGCCGGAGCGAAAAUCCGCAAGCCGUGUGUUCGGAAGGGCUACCAGAAGAAAAAAGGGACCAAAUCUGCCCCCCUGCUAAAGGCUUCACCUUUGAUUCAGCCAUCUCCUGUCAUCCUUACCGUGCCUGCAACCACAGUGAAAGUGGUCAAUAUAGGCAAUGGUUGCAAUAUGAUUCAACCCAUCAAUACAGCAGUUGGGAGAGGCACUCAGGCUAUCCCAGUUACCACCCUGUUGGUAAAUCCUUCCACUUUUCCUUGUCCCUUAAAUCAGCCUCUGGUGACUUCUUCAAUCCCUUCUUUGAUUGUCUCUCCUAACCCUGUUGGUCUUUCGGCAUCACCAGUUGGUGAAAAUGAAGAGCAGUUGACUCUGGUUCCUCCCUGCACUCCUGGCAACACCAAAAAUCCCUAUCCCACAGUGGAGCCCAAGGCUGAGCCCCCAGAGCUCUACAUCUCCUGCUCUGCUGUCUCCCCCAAGAAGGAGUGCAGUACAAAUCCUGCCAGUUCAAUUCAUGGCAGUCAGGAGAAGGUAACCAAGAGUGAUUGCUGCAGCUGGACAGUGGUAGAAGGAGAGAAGAACCCUUCAGAGCCAUUGUCUGUGGACCUUUUGCCUCAUUUAGAAGCUGCAGAUGAAGCAAUGAAAAUGGAGCCUGAAGAUCCAAAUGCUGCUCCCAAGGAAGGAAACCCAACACAGAAGAGAGAUCUUUGUGCUGAAGUGAAGGAGGAAUUCCUGCUGGAUCUUGGUCAGGAGCUGAACAUGGAGGCUGCAUGUUCAUGUUCCAAUGACCUGAAAGACAUGAAGAAGGAACAUGUUUCCUGUGAUGAGAAGGGAGAAGAACCACCCCAAGCUUUGCAGUCACCUCCCUGUGGGGAGCAGCAGAGGGAUGCAGGGGGGGGAGGUGCUGGACCACAGGGAAGCAGUGAAUCUCCAAAGAAUCUUUCUUACACAGCAGAUGUUGAGGCAGAGUUUAGUAGUCCACUUGGAAGACCAGAGGAUUCAUCCAGUAUAGAUGGCCAGUCUGUUGGGACCCCAGCUGGCCCUGAAGCUGGAGGAGAGAAAGAAGGACAAGAAGAGGAGGAAGAAGAUGACUUUGAUGAUUUUACACAAGAUGAGGAUGAAGAGAUGUCAUCAGCCUCAGAAGAAUCCAUUCUUUCAGUGCCAGAACUUCAGGAGACAAUGGAAAAACUCACUUGGCUUGCAACAGAGAGACGUUUGAGCCAAGAAGGAGAUUCUGAAGAGGAGAAUUCCCAGGAAGAGAACUCUGAGCCUGAGGAAGAGGAGGAGGAGGAAGGGGAAGGAAUAGAGAGCUCACAGAAAGAUGAUGAAAUAUGUGGAGAUACAUCAGAGGAACCUAAAUCUGCUUUCACCUUGACCAAGACAGCCCCACAGGUGGAAGCCCACAGAAUGCCAGCAGGAGAAAAUCUGAAAGCCCCUGGGAAGAGCAGGAGCUCCCACAGAACCAGAAAUAAGAGGGGCCGGGCUCGUGCCAGCAAAGAUACAUCCAAGCUGCUCCUCUUGUAUGAUGAGGACAUCCUGGAGAGGGAUCCCCUGAGGGAACAGAAGGAUCUGGCAUUUGCCCAAGCUUAUCUCAGCAGGGUUCGGGAAGCCUUGCAGAAUGUUCCUGGGAAGUAUGAAGAUUUCCUGCGUGUGAUCUACGAGUUUGAGAUCAACACAGACAAAAGAACAGCUGUGGAUCUCUAUUCCACUUUACAGAAACUCCUGCACGAGUGGCCACAGUUGCUCACAGAUUUUGCUGCCUUUCUUUUACCAGAACAAGCUUUGGAGUGUGGGCUGUUUGAGGAGCAACAAGCAUUUGAAAAAAGCCGCAAGUUCCUCAGGCAGCUGGAGAUUUGUUUUGCUGAAAAUCCUGCCCACCAUCAAAAGAUCAUCAAAGUUCUCCAGGGUUGUGCAGACUGCCUCCCCCAGGAGAUUGCAGAGCUGAAGACCCAAAUGUGGCAACUGCUGAAGGGCCACGACCACCUGCAGGAUGAGUUCUCAGUGUUCUUUGAUCACUUAAGGCCCUCAGUCAGCCGCAUGGGAGACUUUGAGGAGAUCAACUGGACAGAAGAAAAGGAAUAUGAGUUUGAUGGGUUUGAAGAGGUGUCUCUGCCAGAUGUAGAAGAGGAGGAUGAACCACCCAAGAUCCACACGACCUCCAAAAAUAAGAAACGGAAAGAGCUGGGAGGCCAAAACAAUGACAAGGAGGUCGAGUGGGUAGAUGGGAUGAAGGAAUGUUCAUGCUCCUGCCAUGAAGGGAGUAGCGAUCUCAAGCUAAAGAAAAGCAAAAGGAGGACCUGCAGCCAUUGUAGUAGUAAGGUGUGUGAAAACAAAUUCUGUAAAAAUAAAGAUUCUCAAGAGCUGACUGCAAGCCUUGGGCAGCAAGAAUCCAGUCCUCAGCCUGAAGGGAAGGAUUCUGGAAUGAUUAAGGAACCUGCAGAAGAAAGCCUGGAGAGCAGAGACGAGGGAGAGGACAUCCAGAGCAGAACAAAAGCUGUAUCUAGGAAAGUGGAUUCUCUGGCUUCAGGAUCCCAGUUGGAAGGAAAGAUUGGCUCCAGCAAACACACAUCUGAAAAAGCUGCACUGCCUGAGAAUCAGGGUCAAGAAGGAGGUGACAAAGCUGCUGAGAACACUGCCAAGGACUCUUCUGCCACUGCCUUCAGAUGGACACAUCUACAAAAAGCUCUAAGACUACCUCAGGAAACCAAAGACUGCCCUUGCACUGGGGAAAAUGAGUGUGAGGGACUCAGCCACCCUCAGCAAGGAAAAGCAGAUGCUGCUCCUGGGCUGAGCAGGGAUCUGCUGCUGGCUUCUGGUUCUGCUGCUGGAAAAGGUUUAAUGGGACCUGGUUCCUUUUCUGGAAAGAGUUCAUGUCAGACUGAAGGGCUUCAUUCUGAUUCAGCAGAUAAGGCCUCAAAAUCAAGUGUGAAAGGAUCUGAGGGACUUGGGGAAGGCAAACCUGAAGCAAAGCAGAGUUGUACACUGAGCAGAAAACCACCAGUGGGUGAGAGCUGCAGCUCAGACUCCUCUGAUAAUUGCAUUUUGGAAAGAGAUGAGAGGGGCUGCACUGGAAACUUCCCUGAGGGCAGAUUAAAGUCAAAUGCAAACAACUGCUUCCAGGUGCACCAGCAUUCCAAGCAGCUGGAACACAGAGCAGGGUCUGGCUCCCUGGGGCAAAAAGAAGAGGAGCAGCAACAGCAGAGAGUCACAGAAGCAACUGUGUGUGCUAAGAACAGCAAAGUCAGCUCAACUGGGGAGAAGGUUGUCCUCUGGACCAGGGAGGCUGACAGAGUCAUCCUGACCAUGUGUCAGGAAAAGGGAGCCCAUCUGGAAACCUUCCAGGCCAUCUCACAGAAACUGGGCAACAAAACUGCCAGCGAGGUAUCCCACAGGUUCAGGGAACUGAUGAAACUCUUUCAUACCUCCUGUGAUGGGAGCUCUGAAGAUGAGGAGGAUGCAACCAGUACCAGUAACACAGAUCAGCUCUCAGAUAAAGAUCUUCUCCUUUCUGAGGAAGAACCUGAUGAUUAAGGUUUUUUUCUGCCUUGAUAAGCUACUGACUUCAUCAGAAGAGUUGUUUGCCAGUUUGCUGCUAGACAGGUGCUGUGGAUAAAGACAAAAUGUUUGCACAGGUACUUAAGAUAGCACCUCUUGGGUUUAUUUUUUUUUUUCCAUUCAUUUUCCUGCUGCACUUCCCAAGCUGCAUUUAAAAAAAGGAAUGAAGAAAGGUGUUAAGGUAAAAAAAAUCCUCCAGGACCUGUCAGGGGAGCUUCAACCAAUGGAGUGAGAGAAGUGAUGCUUGUGGCCACAGCCCUUGCUCCAUGGUGGAGCCUGAGCCAUCAGCCUUUGAAAAGAACAUGUAAAUAUUGUACCAUAAAAUGUCUGGUUUCAUGUGGAACAAACACAGGGGGUUGUUUUGGGGUUUUUUUUGUAAGAUUUUGUUUAUUCCUUUGUGUUGAUUGGAUGUGGGAAAGUUACAAUCUGAAUUCUGUGUUUAUUUUGGGUGGUUUUAUUCCAACAGGCAAAGUCACUUUGCCAAAUAUAAAAAAAAAA